UCGAGUCAGUCAUACUCAAACAAUCAACGUCCGCGGAACGGCGUCAGUUCCUCAAUUCGUGAUCGCGGUUGUGUUAUCAACUGCUCGCGUUUUCCUCCUCCAGGAAAAGACGCAAAAGAGCAGUGACAACCCCGCGGGUCGCGAGUUGCCAGCUGAUUAAAACUUAGACAGUUACUGAAAUGCCGUUCAUCUCCAAAGACUGGCGUAGUCCGGGCGAAGAAUGGGUCAAGACUGUUGAAGGCUGGGAAAAAAAGAAAAUUCUCGAGUGCGCCAACAACAAAACUCUCUCGCUUCUGCUUCGCGGAGAAAAAGAUGGAGAGAAGAAAGAGAAGGAGAAGGAAAAGAAGAAAGAAAAUGCCGUCCAGCCACACUGUCACAUCACGCUGAAGUGCACCCGUGAGAUUGCAGGUUUCAAUGGGCUGAGCGACGCCUUGAAGAGGCUCGAUUUCUUAUCAGCCGUUCACGACUGUCGUCGAUUCAACUACAUCGUCAGGCUCCUGGAUCUGCUCGUGAGCCACAGGAUGGGAGGAUUGAGCGGAUGCGCUCAGCGUGUUCUUUUUAACAUGCUCGAGGAGGUUGCAUUAGAAGUGUCCUUAUCGCAGCAGCAAACUGGAAGAUUAAGACGACUGAUAGAGAGGGUUCGAGCCUUCAGUGCUGGCUGCUGCUGGGGAGGAAGACCUCUGGGUUCAGUAAUUUUAUGGGAAAAACAUAAAGCAGCUCUUGAGAGGAUCUUACAUAUCGCUUCAUCUAUUACUAUUACACAGCCUGAUGAGGAACAGCAGCCGCAGUGGUCAGAUUUGCCUGCUGAAUGUCGUCGUGAGGUUUUACUUCGAUUAAGUGAUCCGCGAGAUAUUGAAGCUUCGUCGGAGGCUUGCGAACAUUUAGCUGUUCUAGCUCAGGAACAAAGGAUUUGGCGAGAACUUGCUCAGUAUCAUUUCACGACACAACAAAUAGCCACUACUUGGCAAAAUAACCCUGGAAAAGACUGGAAGAAUAUAUUUACGAUUGCCCGAAAGUCCUUCGGCUUACGAGAAGAAUAUGCUGAAAUGAUUCAACUCUGUCGCAAUUGCCGUUGUUUAUUUUGGCGAUCCUUGGGCCACCCAUGCAUCGCCGAUCAAGAUCCGGCCUUUCAAGAAAAAUUGGCCGAUGUCGAUCAAACUACACUCCAUGUUCCGAUUCCUCCACAAACCUUCUUGAAGUUCUUUUCGCUGUGAAAGUUUGAAAGAAAGCUUUUUUGUAAACGGGCAUGCAAAUAAGUCAUGGGCGAAAGGUUUUUGUCUCAGAUGAGAGUGAUUGAAUCGAGAGACUGCUGCCGAUUAAAGAUUUAAUUCUAAUUAUUCCGAGUAAACUCCUUCGAAAUCUUGGUCGAUACUCGUGUUUCUCAAUCGGCAGUGCAUUGGAUUUUGCGUGGAAUUCCUAGUCUGCUUUUCACCUUUCUCGACUCGUCCAAAAAAAGGAA